GAUCAGCAAUAUAGGUUCGGAGCUGACUCAGAGUUCAGAGCAGUUCAGUGUAAUUCAGGGAUGUUUUGGUGUGUUUGAGUAUGAAGGACACACACUUAAGAGUGUAUGUGAGUUAAUACCACUACCUGAGUGUGCUGCACUUUGUGAUGAGCUGGGCUGUAUUCAAAAUGCAGAGUGAGAGAGUUCCGGAACUACCGGAAAUAACGAGAAAGAAUUUUGAGGCUUUACUGUCCUCAGACUCUUUGUUGGUGGAGUUCCUUAAUGAGUUUCUGCUGCUGCCUUUGUUCCUGGAGCCUGUCAGGUAUAACCGAGACAGGGGUCUGUUUGAGGUGGGUAUAGAUCCAGCUGAGAGUCUCUCUACACAGAUCACAGCUCAACUAACUGAACUGCAAGACAAAAGCACUGAUCCCACAUGGUUUCCAACUACGCCUUUAAUUGACAACAGAUACACCAUCUCGUGUUUGGACCCAGCACAAGCUAUACAGUGGAUCAGGACAGAGCGGCUGCCCUUUUUUCUCCAAAGCGAUUAUUACUUUGAAUACAGAUUGGCCUAUUGUCUGAGUCAGAUGACCAUUCCAAAAUGGACAGAGGAAGAUCUAAUCAAUCUUUCAAUCACGUCUCCUCAGCAAGAGAGUGUCAUGACUUCUGUCCACAUGGGGUACUCUGAAAUCAGCAGUGACUGCAGCUCUCCACACACAGACUGUUCAGCCUUCAAUACGGGGGUUGUAGAGGAUACAAGAAUAACCCAGACCCAAACAAACAGUAAUCUCACAUUAGGCCAUGAUUCUCUGGAGGCUGGAGUGAACCAAAAGGCAUGGCCUCUGACCCAGCUUUGUGAAGAACAAAGUCCUUCAAAUCAACUUGUCCUUAAUGAUUUCAGUACCACCACAGUCCAGCACAAUAUCACAGAGGUGGAUAAAGAGGGGAGGAUACCAAGAGCUGUCUUGGGUGAGACAAGUGUAUGUAAGUGUAUUUUGAGUAGACACUGCAGAAUUCCUUCAGUCUUACAUCAGAAAACCCAAACAGAGCAACUCACUGCAGCCUGUCCUCACUGUGUCACAGUUACAAACUGCACACCAUCUCCAGAGUGUAGGGAUGGCUCACCUGCCUCUCAGAUUAGUGUUCCAGAGGAGCUCAGCACAUCUUAUCCUGCUCAAGAUUCUGUCACAAAGCUGAAUUCUGAGGCCUUUGCCUCCACUGCCCUCUCUGGCCUGGAGUGUGCCACCGGAACAAUAGUUAACUAUGGCAUUCAAGUAAAUAAACAGGUAUUUCUGGACUUUAAGAGCUUUUUACAAGGCCGGACUGGAGAGAGGGUGCUAAAUCUGUGGAUGGACAUAGAGCGUCUGAAAACUCUUCGUAACCCAGAAACCAUCAACAGGCAUUUGGUCUGGGUGAAGAACCAGUAUCUACCAGGCAGAGGCUCCACAGCACUGAGUGUGGAGUUUCUCUCCAGAUUGGAUCUGAUCAGCACUCUCUCCUGGACGGAAAACAAACUGCACCUUGUUCAGCCACUUCUUACAGAGGUCCUGCUCUUCUAUUGGGGCCAGAGGUUUAUAUUACACACACUGAUUGAAAAGAGAUGCCAAAAAGUGUGUUUUCUGCAGCCCUGCUGGGAUUGCCCGGCAUUUCAACAAGACUCCUGCCCCAUCCACCCCAACCCUCCACCCCUGCACUCUGCAUACUACAUUGCAUCAGAGAGCCCUGCUGUGGAUGGAAGCCACAACAGUGAGAUGGAGAGGAUGGUACAAGUGUUGCACAUGGAGUCCAAGACUGGGUUCUUCUUUACAAACUUUUGUCAAAACUCAGAAAACCAGCUGUGGGAAAAUGCAGCUCAGUUCUGCAGCGAUCUUCAGGAGUAUCAUCAGCUGUUUUACCAGCCUACACUGGAUCCAUACAGAGUACAACAAAAGGCCCAGCUGCUCUAUGCUACCUACGUGUGCAGCUGGACUGCUGUGAGGAGUGUGGGUUUGGAGGAGCAGUACAGGCAGGAUAUCUUUGCCCAUCUUAGGGUCCCUUUUGAAGAGCUGUUUGACCAAGCUGAGGAACAUGCGCAUUACAUACUGCUGGAGCCAUGGACACUACUGACACAGCAGGACACAGAUAUAUUCCACAGGGUGGCUAUGUGGAAGGAGGAACGCUUUGUAGAGCCUGAGCUUUAUAAGACACUCCAGGACAUAUACACACAGACACAGUGUCGUCAGAAGCAGUUUGCACAAGAGCACAAGCCCCCAUCACCACCAGCUAAAGAGUUUGACCCAUGGGCUCAGGUACUGCAUCAGUUUCGACACCACCGCCUAGGCUUUCUGCUUCGUAAUCGAAUGGAACUCCAGAACUUUUUGGCCUUUCUGGAAGAGAACUUUGCCAGUGUGGACCUGCUGUGUUGGUUGGAUAUUGAGCAGUUAAAAAGAAUCCCUAAUGACAUGAGAGUGAGGGAGGAGAAGUGCCAAAAUAUUAGAAAUCAGUACCUCAACCGGAAUUAUCUGUUUGGCCCAAGCAGCCCUGCAAACAAGCAGCAACAGACUGAGCUGCUGCGUCUAGCUGGUGGCUGGACACGUUUACAAUGUGAGCCAAUCUCCACGCCUGUGCUGUCCGAAAUUCAGUCUCUGGUCAGAAACCGUAUUGAAAGAAAAUGGCUGCCAAGGUUCCUCUCCAGUAAAGAGUUCAUCGCUCGCCAGAAACAACAGGCUGAGCACGGGGAUGGAGUUCAGAAGAGGAAGAUAUGGAAGCAGGUGGACGGAGGGUUAAUGGGCUCAUCUCGGGAGGCUUUGGCACUGCGUAAAGUGUUGUAUGAUCCCAACACUUGCCUUCACUUCCGCCUCUUUCUCUCACUGAGAGGUGAGCUCCUGGAGAAUGACCUGCUUUUCUGGCUGGAGGUGCAGAGAUACAAGGAUUUGUGUAACUCUCACAGUGAUGAGGUGACAGUUCAGCAGAAAGUCUCUGCCAUCAUCAGUUGCUUCAUCGACUGCUGCUUUCCUCCCAGUGUUCAGAUUCACAUCCCCCCUGAACAGGCUCAGCGCAUCCUGCACACAAGGAACAGCCUCGGCCCUUAUGUGUUUAGAGAAGCUCAGAUGAGUGUGUUCAGUGAGCUGCUGAAACACUGGCCAGCGUUUGUGGAGUUGAGGAGCAGUGUGCCUGAAAAAGAGAUUGUGCCUGAGCUGGAAAAGAGGAGGAACCAAGAGAGAGAGAGGCAGAGGAUAAAAGAGGGGGCACAGCAGAUUGAAGAAAUACCAGAGAUGCUACAGGGGGACCGGAGGAGUGUGUUAGAUGGGCUGAUGGAGGAAGCCAGUAUGUAUGAAGAAGGAGUAGAAGGUGAAGAGACAGAUGACCAUGUGGGAGACAAGUUGUUCUGGUCAUACUCAAAGCACAUGGCUGCCCUGGAAAAUGAGGAGAAGAUAAAACACAUGCAGGCACUGCAAGAGAAGCCGUCAGAUUUUAACUCUGUGCCCAGAGUGAGGUCAGGAGAUCACAAACAUAGACAGCCCACUUCUACAGUUCCUCCACCCAGAACAGCUAGGAUAGGUCACCGAGUGCUCAGAAGUAGAUCAUCAAAAAGAAGUUAAUUUGAUUUAAUUGCAGAAUAUACACCAUGUAUGUGCA